UUGGCCAAUUUCGAAACCAACCAAACAAAACAAAAACAAAAAUGAGAAAGCAAGAAUCGGAGGGAGCAAGUCCGGAUUUGGAAUCCAAAUCGAAUAGUAAUGGCAAUUUGAAGAUCGCAGCAAGCGACCAAAGUCUUGUCACUAUUCUUGACAACAUCAGAUCUUCAAAAUCUCCGGCUGUUAUUAAUUACGGAGCUUCGUGGUGUGGAGUUUGUAGCCAGAUUCUCCCUGCGUUCCAAGAGCUUAGCAACAGUUUCCAAGGGCUUAAGUUUGUUUAUGCAGAUAUCGACGAGUGCCCAGAAACCACCCGGCACAUCCGUUACACUCCAACGUUUCAGUUUUACAGAAACGGCGAAAAAGUCGACGAGAUGUUUGGAGCUGGUGAAGAGAGGCUUCACGAUCGUCUUUGGCUUCACUCCUGAAAUUCAAAUUAUGAAUUCUGCAUUUCCUUUUUGUAAAACGCACUAAAUGAUACAGAAAGUUAUCCGGCUUCUCCACACUUGUCUGGAUGAGUCUGCUGGAUGAGUCUGCAACCCUUUUGCUUGCUACAUAAUUGGUAGAUUCUUGUAAUACCAUAGAAAUAUUUAAACAAAUAAAAAACAUGGAUAGAUAUAUAUCAUUUCACUUU